UGGUCACAAGCUAAACCAGAAAGGCAGCUCAUCACUACUUGAGGACGGCGGUGGCGAGCUAGUUACCCGUAACACCCAGGCGUUACACAGGGCAGGCGGCGUGUUGUAUUUCCUUUGGAUGGCUGAAAUGCAUGUGCCGUUAGUGACUGGUGGCUAACUAGCCGUAGAGACGCCGUAAAGCUGCCUCUCCCAGUGCUGCCGCCCCUUCGCAGCUCGUCAAAAUGUCAGUUUUUUCUGAAGCGGCUUUAGAGAAGAAACUGUCCGAGCUCAGCAACUCGCAGCAAAGUGUGCAGACGUUGGCGUUGUGGCUCAUUCAUCACAGAAAACACUCGAGGGCUAUUGUCAAUGUUUGGAUCAACGAACUGAAAAAAGUUCAGGUAUCACGCAAGCUGACCUUCCUUUACUUGGCCAACGACGUCAUUCAGAACAGCAAGAAGAAAGGACCAGAAUUCACUCAGGACUUUGCACCGGUCAUCGUUGAUGCAUUCAAACAUGUAUCCAGAGACGGCGAGGACGGCUGUAAGAAACAGUUGGGUCGGGUUUUGUCCAUCUGGCAGGAGAGAGCGGUGUACGAGAUCAACCUGCUGGAGCAGCUCUCACAAGUCCUUUAUGGAGAAAAGAAAGCUAAGAAGAGGCCCUAUGAGGAGAUCCGACCAGAUGAUGAGGACUUUGCGUCCCAGAGUUCCCCAACUGAGCCUCCGCAGACAGCAGAGUUAAUCCAAGCUCUUCAGGAGCUGGAAAACGCAGCCUCUGGCGACUCAGCGCUGCGUCAGCGCAUCUCAUCCCUUCCUGCUGAGGUGCAAGACAUGUCACUGCUUCACAGGAUCACAGAUAAGGAAUCGGGGGAGCGUCUGUCCCGGCUGGUGGAGGAGGCCUGCAUGUUGCUAGCAGACUACAGCGGCCGCCUGGCAGCGGAGAUCGAUGAUAGACGGCAACUCACUCGCACUCUAACGGUCUUCCUGCAGAGCCAGAAGGACGGCCUGACCCAGAACGAGCAGAAACUUGAAGAAUACAAACGCAAACUGGCGAGGGUGACCCAGGUCCGGAAGGAGCUGCGUGCGCGUCUGAAUAAUCUUCCAGGAGGACUCUACAACUCUUCAAAAUGACUCACGUUUUGCCUCCUGACCAGAUAACCUGACCCUCCUGCUUCUGCAACAUCUCAACCGGCCUCUUCGAUACUUGAUCAGUGAUAUUUUCACAGUCCUUUGUUCUUGAUUUUGGAAAGCGUCUGUGUUGUCGUCCUCAUUAUGUCCUUAACAUAAUUAUUCACACGGCUUUUGUAAACAGAAUAUCUUCAUUUUCUGUCUGAGUUCAUCUCUUUGUGCUGAAAGUUAUUGGUACAAUGAAAAUGACGCUUCAUACUCAUCAGGCACAAGCACCUCUUGGUUUGGUCCCUUUAAAGUAGCAUCGGUGAUGCUGGUGUGAUAUUUUUCUAUCUAUAGUGACUUAAGAUAAAGCACCAGAGAAUACCCCCCUAGUGUGAUCAUUUAUAAUAUGUUCAGUGUUUUUGAUUGUUUUCACAAGUUUCUUUAACUGGCGUAUGCCUGUAAAUGCAUCUGUCUAACUCUUGGUUAUAUAUCAUUGUUUGUAUGCAGUGUCACUAUGGCCUCUGAAGAGAACGGUACACUUAUCAAUCUUUAGGAAACCAUAUUCUCAAGUUAAGCAGUAAGCCGUGUCCUGGAAAACAAACCAAAAUGUCUAAUUAUCAUUUACACAAAGCCUCUUUCUGAGAGGGUCUUGGAAGUCAUGUGUCCAUGUACAUAUUCAAAUUUGCAUGUAAAUAUGAUGGGAGUUAUACCUGUAAAUUAUUUGUAUCCAUGCUGACAUGCCUUGUGGUCAUUCAGACAAAUCACUGAGGUAUCUCUCUGAAGUCUACAUCUUCAUAGCUGCUCAAACCUCCACUGUACUGAAUUAAUGAGUGAAGGAGUACGUUGUCUUGUUUAAUGUAUCACGCUGCUUCAUAGAUUCAUCCUUAACUCUACUGAAUGCUGUCCAGAUGCCUCACACAGCUCGAUAGGUGUCCCCGUUUCCAAAGCCAGAUUUAAGCUGUUGUUUUUGUACAUUUUAAGCAAAUUCUUCUUUGAGCCAAAUAAACUGAAAAUGGACAAAUCUUUGCA